AUGGCAGUCAAUUUCUCCGACUGCGAGAGGUUUCAGAUUGGCGUGCUGCCGGCGGUGUACGGUGUGGAGUUUGUGGUGGCCUUGGCAGGAAACCUGUUUGCCCUGUGGCUUCUGCUCACCAAGGAACGGAGGAACUGGCACGCCGGUGUCGUGCUGUCCUGUAACCUGGCCAUCAGUGACCUGCUGUACGUCCUCACCCUGCCUCUGCUGAUCGUCUACUACUCCCUCGGGAAACGAUGGCCGUUCAGUGAAGCUGUGUGUAAAACCGAGCGGUUCCUUUUCACGUGCAAUCUGAACGUGAGCAUCUUCUUCAUCAUGGCGAUAAGCGUGAACAGAUGCGUGGCCCUCAAGUGGCCCUUCUUUGCUCGCUCCUACGUGGAGCCUGCUCAUCUCAAGGUCGUCAGCGUGGUCGUCUGGGUCAUUGUUGGGGUCAUCUCCUCCCCCGUGCUGAAAUUCGCCUCCGUUUGUCACGACAAGAAUAACACGACUCUAUGCGUGUCGUUCUGUGACAAAAAUAUGAACGACGCAAUGCCUUUCUUGAUUUACAAAUUGUUUCUGGCUGUGUUUGGCUGUCUCCUUCCCUUUCUGGUCACUUUCACUUCCUACUAUGUGGUGAUCCGGGUGGUGCGGGAAAAUGUCAGCAUAACAACGCUUGAGAAACGCAAAGUUGCCUUGUUAGUCUCAUCAGUGAUCGUCCUGUAUGCCGUUUCCUUUGUGCCCUAUCACGUCUCUCAAAUCGCCCACUUGUAUAGGAGAAUCUUCAACCGUAACAAGCCCAUCUGUUGGAUCUACAACAUGUACCAAGUGUCCAAAGGACUGGCAACGCUGAACAUGUGCAUCCAUCCGAUACUCUACGUGGCUGUGUUUGAUAGCAUCAGAGUCGCAUGUUGUGGGAACAGCUCAGAGGACAAGAUUCAGGGGAUGAUAAGGAAGUAGAACUGCUACUUGG